AUGUGUCAGCUGUGCAGCCCACACGUUCGCUGCUCAUCUUACAUGAACCCUAGAUCGGCUCCACAAACUCGUGAUUCUGUACUGAAAUCACAUAUCAUCUCCGUAUCUUGGGGGCUGUAUCGUGUAAUUGUUACGUUUUUUCAAGCCUCAAGUCCCACGCUGCUUUCAGUGCACACUGUUUUGACGAUCAAUUCAAUGCCCCAUUCUGAAAUUGUGACGUACGUCAAUGGCUCGGCCCAGUUGUGUGUAGCAGGCUCGGUGUAUUUCUUAGUUGUGACGAUGCAUCCUUAUGUGUACAGGAUGUCAUAG